AUCAACAACAAUAAAAGAAUAUACACAAUGCCAAAAUUGUCCCAAGAACAACUUUCUGAUGCCCAAGAUGCUUUCAAUCUCUAUGACAGAGACGGUGAUGGAAAGAUUCAAAUUUCUGAUCUUGGUACUCUCCUCCGUUGUUGUGGUAAGAACCCAACCAAUGCUGAAGUUGAAAAUUUGAAGCCUGAAGCUGAUUCAUCCAACUCUGGUUCAUUCAACUUUGAAACAUUGAAAACUCUUUUGGAAAAGUACACUUUCAAGGCUGAUAACGAACAAGAUGUUAAAGAUUGUUUCCGUAUCUUUGAUAAAGACGGUACUGGUUUUGUCCCAGUUUCUGAAUUGAGACACGUCUUGACAACAUUAGGUGAAAAGUUGUCUGCUGCUGAAGUUGAUGAUUUGCUCCGUGAUGCUGAAGUUGAUGACAAUGGUAACCUUAACUAUGCUACUUUUGUUCACAUGCUCAUGCCAAGCAAGAACUAAAUUAUUUCCUCCAUCACCAUAAUUUAAUUUAUCAAAACAUUCCAAUCUCCCAAUUUCAAUUCCCUCCAUAUUACCUUCCCUUUGAUAAUUUUGACGUUCAUAUUAAUUCAUGAUCGUCAUUAUUGUUGUAUACAAUAUAUUAAAAUUAAUUUAAUUUAAAUUAUUAUAA